CAUUCUUUUUAUAAUGUAUUUUACAAUGUAUUAUUGUUGGCUUUUUUAUAUAGUGCAGAAGAGCUCCUUCUACAUUUUUCACAUUCCGAAAUAUAAUUAGUUAUUAAAAUUGAAAAUUAAUAAAAAUUGUAAAUUCCUUUUAAAAAAAUGUGAAGAUUAACAAAAAAAAAAUGUUAACGGGAAAGCAAUCAGGGAAAUAAUUUGUGUCAUCGUGUGCGUGUGUAUAAACACGCACGACGUCAGUGAAAUAUUAUGUGGAAAGAAUGAAAAAACUUAAAAAAACAUCAAGUGCAGAUAGGAAAAUGAGUGAAACUAUUUUAAUCAACUGGAAAAAUUAGAGCAAACUUAAAGAAACCAACACAAUCAGCAAACAUUUAUGCAAAUUUGUUUGCAUGUUAUUAAGUAAGUUAAUGGAUGAAUACAUUGCAGAUAUCUUUUCAACGUUGCGAAAACAACCUCUCGAAGCUUCUGAAUACCUCAUCUUAAUCAAUUUUAAUUGACGCCUUUUCCAAAAUAACUUAUAAGACCGACAAAAAAAAAAAAAUAUGUCUAAUCAUACUGACAUUGAUUACGAAAAGAAAUUCCGUGAGGAUUUGGCCAAAGCGACAGCGCUUAGUUUAGAACAGCAGGCUUUAGAUGAAUACAAUCGUACGAAAAAAUAUGGGCAUUCAUACUCAGAGGCCACACAACAAGAAGCAAAAAAUAAAUAUUAUGCUCAGCUCAGAAGACAAGAAUUUUUACGUGGGUUUAAAGUGGAAUCAACGGGCGGUGGCUCGCAAGACGAGCCACUCCAGAAACCCCUAACGUUACCACAAAGACGUCAUUCCGAGGUAACGCAUCGUCAACAAGUGGGUGUAACUAUACGCCAUACACCCUUAGAAAGGUCAAAAACUCCUCCACCUUCCUCCACGGGACCGGAAAGUGAUUUAAUUAAUUUUUCUAGUCCCACAUCAAAGAAACCGGAACAAAACACUUUUGAAAAGUUAAUACAAAAUUUACAAAAGCUGCAAACCACAACCCAGCAGACUGCUUUAAUGCCGUUAGGUCCAACAGCAGCUGCUCCUAUAUAUCCAGUAUAUAUAGGAGCUACGGCUGCAACGCCAGCAACAUCUACGCCGUUUGUUGGACGCGCGAGUUUGCAGUUGGUACCAUUUACUUCUCCACCACAACAACAAAAGGUUUCCUUAACCCACGACGAAUUGCAAAAACUUUACAAUAUGCGAACGCCAUCAACAGCGAGUCUCUACGGACCGCGACAAAUGGGCUUCGUGGCGUCACCAGCAUCUAGUGUUGUGGGUUCAUAUUACUCCCAAAUCCCAGCCGUCCCCAGUGGAGGAACUUACGCUACUGCCACAACAGCCAAUAUUCCACCAGUUUAUUCGAAUGCAUAUGGUUUCUCACAUCAAAGUAUUACUUCGCAGCAAGCUUAUCAGUCAACUAGAGAUGGGGCUGCUAACACCAGUUCCGAUAACGGUACAGUGGCCCCUUCUCUACCGAGUAUGCCUUCUGGCUUACGUCGUCACACGCCUCCUGUUCGUAAAUCGCGUUCAGGCGAUGAUUUAAUCGAUUUAAGUCAAGAAGAUGACUCUCGGGUUAGUGUGCUGGAAGCGUUUGAUCCUUUGUUAAACGAAAACGAUGAUGAGAGCGACAAAGCAUCUGACUGCACUUCUUACUAUGCGGAAUAUGAUCCCUUUGAUUACUUGUAUAGUGGUGGCAGUACUCAUUACUCAGAUCCCGUUUAUGAGGCAGUUAAUAAAUUUGAUAAAACAGCCGUGAACGUGAAUGUUGGAGACAAGACGAAUUGCAGCAAUAGCCAUUUUCAAAAAGAAGAUAGCCUUUCAUUGGGACCACUUACCCCACCACCACCUUUACCGCCACGUAACAGCAGCGGUCAAGGCUAUGAUAUUACCACAAAUACUUUCGCUAAUAGUUCAUCAUUUACGGAUCGUUUUAUUAGCAAUGCAGUAGGUAACAAACCAAAUGUGCCUGCGUCGGAACUGAGUCAUGUGCUAGAUCGUCGAAAAACUGGCUCUCGCUUAUACGAAAUGGUUACUGAGCGUCGUACUGUUGAUUCAGAGUUAUUAGAUUUUUAUUUUAUGGUAAAAUCUUUAAGACAACAUUAUUUGUAUGACGAUGAGACUACAAAUGUUGGUCAUAUAAUAGCUUCAGAAUUCAGUUAUCAUUAUCCGGUUGAAACUAGCAUAAAAAUACUGGUGCAUCCGGCAAUAAAUAUUCUUUUUCCGGAAGCGGAGGCUAACUCGCCUAACAAGGCCCAAUUUAAAGGUUAUGGUGUACCAGUUGUAUUUACAUGCGAUAUAAAUACUCCCGUAGAAUUGGUAAUAGUGCAGGCAUUUUGCUGUUUGGAAGGUCAAAUACGUGGCUCUGUGAAUGAUUGUGCCGCAAAACCCAUAGGGGUAGCAGAAUGGUUAUCAAAUUUAUCUAAACUCAGUCAACUAGAAUGCGUUCACAAUAGUUUAAAAAUGGAAAAGGAUGUCCAGUUAGGUUUAUGCCUAAAAACAGAGGGCAAUAUGCGGGUUAUAGCACGGACUCAACGUGAUGAUUAUAAUGAUUGCGAUUUACGUCCUGAGGAUGUUUUGCCUAAUGAAAUGGCCACCACAAUAACUUACGAUAAUAUGAUGAUUUUAAUUGAAACAUUGGAGACAGAGAUCGAUAAGCUGGAGUCGGCAGCUGGAGAUUAUAAUUCUCGCGCUAUGCUUUCUUGCUCCGGCGUUGUACAGGGCGUUAAAGCCAUUUGUGCCUUAUUGGGUUCUAUUGAUACACUGGAGAUAGCCGCUUGUGUAGGAGAAUUAAAACAUCUAUGCGAAGGAGGUCAACGUAAAUAUUCCAGUUCGUCCAAUAAUCCAGAAAUUGUCAGUGAUUGUGGCGAUUAUGCUGAAGUGAAUUUGAGACCGCGUUCGAUGUUGGAAAAAAUUAGACUAAAAUGUAAUCAGUUGCGCGAUGCCGUCCAAGAGCUAAUCGAGCUUUAUUCAAAUGUUUUUCGAGUUGAUUUUUCCGUGAAAACCGUUGAUUAUUCCAGUACUCCUCUACAUAUCUCAUGCGUUUUAAAACCGGUAGUGGUCAGUAUUAAUUGUCUACAUCGCCCGCCACCUCUAUGGAAAUAUGAUAAUUAUUCGCUAGGUGUACAAAUUAAUUACGGAUCACGUUUCAUCUCAGAUCCGGUCGUGACAAGAUGCUCAAAUGAUACCAGUGGUGGAUUGUUUGCGCGUUUAAAUUUUUCUGCUUGGAUUACGUUUGAGAAAAAUCCCAUCUGCACUUUACCACGGGAGGCACGUUUAUUAUUCGUUUUAUAUGGUAUACAAAUAGCGGAGAAUGAACCGAAUUCUAAUGAAAGUACAGAAAAGCGUCAAAUAACUACCGAAUUGGGUUGGUGUGCAAUACAGCUUUUCGAUUAUAAAAGAGAAAUGAUUUGUGGUUCAUAUUUGUUGUCUAUGUGGCCGGCCACAGCAGAUAAAUUCCUGGGGCCUGCUCCGGCACGUGGAUGUCAUCCGCAGCCUGAUUUUUGUCCGGUGUUAAGCAUUGAAAUCCCACCAUACGGAGGACGCAUACAAUUUCCGGAACCUGUAAAGAACCCAAAACCAGCCGCUAAAUACGAUUUUAAUUCCUUGGACACUAAUUUGCAACAAGAGCUUUUGGAUACCGCCGAACAAGGGUAUCUCGGCGCUACCGACAAACGUGAAGUCUUUUGGGAGAAACGCUUAUAUUUGCACAACUUUCCCUACGCACUAGCCAAAGUUUUGCAUGCUGCUCACAGUUGGGAUUAUGCCAGUCUCAUGGAUUUACAUUCUCUUUUACAUUCUUGGUCGCCUCUAUCACCCCUACAAGCUUUGGAGUUAUUAUUGCCUCGCUACCCGGAUGCCAAAGUGCGAGAAAAAGCAGUGGAAUGGAUUUCACAGUUAUCCAACGAUCAAUUAGCGGACUAUUUGCCGCAAUUAUUGCAAGCGCUUAAACAUGAUACAUAUGAAGCAUCGGCUAUGGCUAAAUUCUUACUUUGUAAGUGUUUGGAAUCACCACGUAUAGCCCAUCAUAUGUAUUGGCAGUUGGUGCAUUCGUUGCCGGGGGAUGAUCCACAAAAUUCCAUUGAUUCGUCUUCGGUAGCAAAUGAAUUGGACGCCUCUUUAAUAACACAAGCUCGUUACUAUCGUCGCAAUAAAAUGAUGCUACGUGCUCUGUUGGCAAUAUGCGGUGAAAAGUUGUCCAAGCGUUUUCUUCUUCAAAAUCUUAUGUGUAAAAAUUUAGCGAAUAUUGCUGAGUCUGUCAAAGAAGCUAAAGAAUCUAUGCGUCAAAAGAUUUUAUGCGCUGGAAUGGACGGCGUGCAUCAAGAGUUGUUAGACAAACCUACUUCAUUGCCGUUGGGUCCCGAACUAGAGAUUAUCGGGGUUAAUGUGCGCACUUGCAGUUAUUUCAAUUCAAAUACAUUGCCCUUGAAAAUCUCCUUCAUAGGAUCCGAUAAUGAACUGUUGCCAGCAAUAUUUAAGGCUGGUGAUGACUUACAGCAAGACAUGCUUACUAUACAAUUGAUACGUGUUAUGAAUAAAAUGUGGUUAGCUGAGGGUUUGGAUUUAAAAAUUGUGACUUUUAAUUGCGUUCCCACCGGCUAUAAGAAGGGCAUGAUUGAGUUAGUAUCCGGCGCUGAAACGUUAAGAAAAAUUCAAGUUGAAUAUGGUUUAACGGGCUCAUUUAAGGAUCGUCCUAUAGCCGAAUGGUUGGCGAAACAAAAUCCCAGCCAAUUGGAAUAUCAAAGAGCAGUAAAGAAUUUUACGGUUUCUUGUGCGGGUUAUAGCGUGGCGACAUACAUAUUGGGAAUUUGUGAUCGCCACAAUGACAAUAUAAUGCUAAAAACAUCUGGCCAUUUAUUCCAUAUAGAUUUUGGAAAAUUUUUGGGUGAUGCUCAAAUGUUUGGCAAUUUUAAAAGAGAUCGUACACCGUUUGUUUUAACUUCGGAUAUGGCUUACGUUAUAAACGGAGGUGAUAAGCCUUCUACAGACUUUCAUUACUUUGUGGACUUAUGUUGUCGUGCCUUCAAUAUCAUACGUAAACAUGGUGAUUUAAUUUUACAUAUGUUAGCCUUAAUGGCUACGGCUGGCAUACCAGGAGUAACAGCGGAUGCUGUAACUUAUGUAAGAAGGGCACUAUUACCAUCGCAAUCGAAUCCUGAGGCCGCUGCCUCAUUUGCUAAAAUGAUACAAUUUUCAUUAAAAAGCUGGUUCACCCAAUUCAACUUUUUCUUGCACAAUUUAGCGCAAAUGCGUUUCACCAAUGACGAAGGCAGCGGAGAAUUAUUAUCAUUUGUUCCUAGAAAAUAUACAAUGCAACAAGAUGGCCGCUUGAAAAGUGUUAUGGUUGUGCGCUGUCAAAAGCAUUACGAUAUGGAAAAAUAUUAUACAUAUAUACUAAGAGUUACUAGGCAUGGUCAACCAGAUCCUACACAUCUAUUCCGUUCCUAUAAAGAAUUCACCGAAUUUCAUCAAAAAUUAUGUUUACAUUUUCCAUUAGCCAAAUUACACAGUUUACCCAGUGGCAUCCAUGUGGGCCGCUCGAAUGUCAAAUCGGUGGCUGAGCGACGGCUACCGGAAAUACAAAAAUUUCUCUUAUCUCUGUUCAAUUCAGCCGAUGAGAUAGCACACUCGGAUCUGGUUUACACUUUCUUUCAUCCGUUGCUAAGAGAUCAGCAAGAGGCAAAUUUGGAAAUGUCAAAAGUCAGAGAGGUACGACCACAAACGUGGCGGGAAUAUAGCAACGAAGUAGGUCAGUUAAAAUUAUCUUUGCAAUAUCGUCGCGAAGUUUUGACUGUAAUGAUACAUCACGCGAAAGGUUUGUCUUUGCUUCAGGGCGGUCAAGAACCCAAUACCUAUGUUAAAUGCUAUUUGAAACCGGACGAUAAAAAGGCUACGAAACGUAAGACCAAAGUUGUUCGUAAAACUUGCGUGCCAAGCUAUAUGGAAACUUUGGAGUAUCGCAUGCCUUUGGAGAUAAUAAAAAAUCGCGUUUUACAUGUCACUGUAUGGUCCCACGACACUUUACAAGAAAACGAAUUGCUCGGUGGUUUUCAAAUCGAUUUGAGUCAAUAUGAUCUGCGCAAAGAGCUGAUUGAUUGGUUUCGCUUGGGCUAUGUGUCACGUUAUUGAUAAAUAAAAAUAUCUUAUAAAACAUUUCAGUUGUUUAAGGAAUUGUUGUUUAAAAAAAUAUUGCAAAAGUUUUAUAUGCAUAUAUAUGAAU